AUGGGUAGGAAGUUAAGACUCACUCAAAUUAAGGUCUUCGAAAAAUAUGUUAUCACAAAGAGCUUAACAAAAGCGCCAGAAGAGUAUCCAGAUGCUAAAAAUCAGCCUCAUGUUCAGGUUGCUUUGAGACUCAAGCAAAAUGGUUACUCUGGUUGCUCAGCUGGUGACACAGUCCCUUAUAUAAUUUGCUCUCAGCAGGUCUCAGAUAAUACACAUUCUGUGGGAAUAGCUCAGAGAGCUAGACAUCCUGAGGAGUUAAAAAGAGACCCUGACAAGUGGAUGAUUGACAUUGACUAUUGUUUGUCACAACAGAUUCAUCCUGUUGUUUCUCGUCUAUGUGCUUCCAUUCAGGGUACUAGUCCAGCUCGUCUGGCUGAAUGUCUGGGACUUGAUUCGGCUAAGUUCCAAUCAAGAGUGACUGAGUCUAGCAAUCAAGAUACAUCUAUGAUGCUGUUAUCUGUAAUCGAUGAUGAAGAUGAGAGAUAUCGUGGUUGUGAGCCAUUGCGUUUAUCAUGCCCAAGCUGUUCUGGUACCUUCGACUGCCAUCCUGUAUCUAGUCUGAUUACUAGUUCUACAAGUGUAUCAGAUCCAAAUGAUGUAUUGUGCAAGACCUUGUUGGAUGAUGUACUAUGCAAGACAAGAUUGUAUGUUAUAUAUGUAUUGAUCUCCAUGUGA